AUGUGUCAUCUCUUGAAUAUCGUGUUGGCUCUGGUGAGUCGCUUCCUGUUCGCGGUCCACGGGGUGGUGACAGUGUGGCGCGUAGUGGCCAUUAAAGGGGAGCCGCUCUAUUGGCUGCUGCUGAUGGGCGUGGCUCUGCUGGGCGUGGAAAUGGCUGUCACUCUGAAGUGCACCCGUAAUGCAGAAUGGAAAUGGUUCUCCCCCAUGGUUUUCCUUUACCUCAGUACUGUCAUUCCAUCCAUUUGGUUUCUGGAGCUGAGCCUGCUGCAGUCCAAGCUGCCUGUCAACAAUUCCUCGGGCCCUGAGCUUCAUUUGCUGGCUCACAUCCCGAUCACAGCGGGCAUUGUGGAGCUGGACCCAGAGAACUGGGUGGCUGGCCUGGAGCAAACCAUGCUCAUAGUGCUGGUUCUGGGUCGCUGGCUGAUGCCCAUGGGGGACAUGUCCCGGGACCAGCUAUCCCAGCUCCUAAUGGUCUACGUGGGACUGGGUGCUGACAUCCUGGACAUCUUCGACACCUUCAAGGAACCUGAGGUUAAAACCAACCAGGCAGUUGUCAUCAUUGGCCUGGCUCUUUUCUCGUGGGCGCUCAUGCAGUUUCCUCUGGUACUUACUCAGACACGACCCCCAAAGGGUGAGUCUCCUCAGCGGAGCGUGGGUGGUCACCUCUGCUGCCCCAGAGCUCCACCCUCAUUUGCCUCCUGUUGCUCAAGUGAAGUGUGGAGCUUGCUGCUCACAGUGGGACUCCAAGAUGGCCCAUUCCUGCUUUACCGCCUCUACCUCAUGGUUCAAGAGCAGGUACUCAACCAGCUGAUGAUAUUCUUCACCUGCAAGAACAUCCUCAUCGUCCUGCUGGAGCUUUACAGAAUCUUUGUGGUUCAGUGCGAGCAGCAGGGAGGGAACCGGGGUUUGGAGAAAUAUGCUGCUCGGGUGCUCUGGUGUCGAACCCUGAGGGGUUUCGAGCCACUUCACGGUGGGGAAAAACAGCUGCAGCACAAUCCCUUCCUUCCUCCCGCUCCAGACAAUACUCUUCCUGUCAAACGAGGGCUGGGAUGCAGCCCUCCUGCAUUUAUGGAUGACCUUCUCACUCUGUGUCUCUUACACUGUGUUGGGCAGACUGGGAUUGAAGAGCAGCAACAGCAAUUCAAUCAGAGGCCUUUCUGGCGCUGCCUGGUAUCUGUGUCCGUCAAAUUGCUUCACUUUUCCUGGCCUGCAAGGAGCUGA